UAAAGUUACGUAGGGGAUUUCAGGGUGUCUGAGCACCGGAGUGAGAGAUGGUGCAGUACUGUUGUAUCCUGGAGCCUUCCAUGCUUUGAACAUUUGGAACUUUUCUAACCACUAUCCCUAUUAUAUUUUUAGCUUGUUGGAACUGCAGCAAUAAAACCUAGCCUUGAGGAUUCCUGGGCACACUGAUAUGGCUCCAUCAGUGCAUACAAGAAUGUUAGAAAGGUCACUUUGUUCACAGAAUCAGAUGGGGCCACGAGUGCAUGUUUAACUGUAGCUCUGCUCACAAGAGAAUGUGAAGAUCCCUGAGUGCACUGUGCGUCCCCGGUAAUAUUUUUAAUUUAAAGGUGUUCUUAAAGGGUGGCUGAUUUUAAGACAUCUGUUUCUGUUCCUGCAAUUGCUUACUUGAGCAAACUCAGGAUUGCUGUCAUGUUAGGAAAUGUGUGUCAAUAAUGUUUAAGUAUUUGUUUAUUUCUGUUUGUCAGGAUCUUGUACUUGUUACCACGGACUCUGCCACCUUUAUUUGUCAGCAGCUAUAGGAGAGUGAGCAUCAGAAAAUCUGUUCUAUCCUCAACUCUACUUAGGGCUCAUUUUGUGAAUUUGGAUAGAUGAUCAAAUUCUAUAUCUCUGACUUCCCGUUCUUUAUCUGCCUUUGUUCAGUUCUCCGUGAUGUGCAAAUGAAAGCUACUGCAUUGACAGAGAAUAUAAGAAUGCAGACGUGCCUUCAUGCAAACAACUCUGCAAAUUAGGCACAUCUGCCCAGCUCCUGGAAAGCUGCCCACUCAGCUGCUGGUGUUGCCAAUUUGGAGCCUCUCUCUCAUACAAAUAAGCACAUUCUUUCUUUAGGGCUUGAGAACUAGGUUAUAUAUUACCAGUCUGAUAUGGCUUUCGAUAAGGAACUGAAUCUUGUUGAUUACACAUUCUCUUAAACUAUCAUCUGUGUGAAGGUAGCAUGAGGUCAAAUACACAGAACCACAAAAUGGUUGAGGUUGAAAGGGAUACCUGGAGGUCACCUGGUCCAGCCUCCCUGUUCAAGUGUACAGUGUGGCACUAUUAAGGAAUGGUUUGUUUCCUCUUACAGAAUAUUGAUAUUACCAACUUCAGCAGCAGCUGGAGUGAUGGGCUGGCCUUCUGUGCUCUGCUGCACACGUAUUUGCCUGCACAUAUUCCUUACCAAGAGCUCAACAGCCAGGAUAAAAAGAGAAAUCUGCUGUUAGCAUUUCAAGCUGCCGAAAGUGUGGGCAUCAAACCCAGCUUGGAACUCAGUGAGAUGAUGUACACAGACCGGCCUGACUGGCAGAGUGUGAUGCAGUACGUCGCCCAGAUUUACAAGUACUUUGAGACCUGAGAUGCAAAGCAAGAGGUGGACACAAGUGGGGAAGAGAACAAAGAAUGCCACAGAUGCACUCGAUCACUUUAAAAAUCCCCUUGCUCCUCUUCCAGAACCAACCUAUGCUCUUAGUUCGCAAGAAAGCUCUUCCAUAGUUUUGAUAACAUCUGGGAUAAAACCAAAUAAAUAACCGUUGUCCAUAUAUUCAAACCAAAUUCAUCUGCAAUUUUGUUUCUGAAGAGGAUUCCUUGUGCUAAACAAUGUUUACCACAAACUAAUCUCUACCAACAGGAGACCUGCCACAAAAUGAAGUUUUAAAUCAGUGUGGACUAUGCUCGUACUCAAGGGAAGCUGGGAGAUUAAUUCUAAUACAAAAUCUCACCAAAAUGCUCUUCUUGCCCAAAUAUAUUUAACUCAUCCCAAAUAUGUUUUGUUUUCUUCCCUCUGUGUAUUUUAGGAGAUGCCAUGACAAAUGCAUGUGCGUAGUGCUUUAACCUGAGUUAUUCUCACACAUCUGUCCCAGUCAGUCUGCUAGUUUUUUUUUUGCCAUAGCUUAUCCAGUAGGAUAACAACAUCAUCAUUUGUAACUUGGAAACCAUGCUCUGUUCCACCACCAGUUCGUGAGAGAACUCUGGAAGAUACUCUUACUUGCUGGGACUCUAUUUCAGAUCAAACAGAUGUCAUUUCAGAGAAAAACAGCUUUAUUACAACAGUUUCAUUACUAUAGCUUGACUGUAAAAGGAAGAUGGAGCCUUGUUUCACAGCUGUCUAUACAGACACUGUUAGCAUAGGAAUACUGCAAAUGCAAGUUACUAGCUUUAGUUUACGAGGUGCCAGUAAUCAGCUGGUGACUCUCUAAGCAGUAUACUGACAUCUCAGUAGGUCAUGUUUUUGUGAACUGAGUAGAGCAACUUCUCUUUUCUGCACUGAUCUUUUAUAAUCAGCACAAAUAAGUAAAUUCUAUGUAGAAGCAUAAAUCUUGAGACAGCUUAUGCCCUUUGAGGUAAAAUGUAGUCCGCAGGGCACUGUUGAAUGCUUAGAAGUUACAUUACCCUGUAAAAGAACACAGUAAUGUAUUGGUAACAAUAGAAGUUGCAAUUUCACUCUGCAAAUUGCAGAAUAUUACUGUGUUCUCCUCUUGGUUUCUCGGAUAUCUUUAGGGUGCCAGAGAAGAGCCUUUCAGCUCAGUAAUACUAUCAGUAAGAUGUCCGAAGUAUGCUGUUUAAUUUACUGUUUCUCUUAUUUCACCCCAUGAAGCUAAAUUUUAUGUCAUCUCCAAUGGUGAAAGGAUCAAACUCAAAUAAAGGCUGCUUAGUUUGUUCUAGUAGCAUGACUUAAAGAAUAUGCUGCACUGGAUCUCGCAGAAGGCUGCUAGCCACUUUAGAUUAUGCUGCUAGAAGAAAGGAGUAGUUUAGUUAACGUGUUUAACCCUGUGACCCAGACCUGAUGCUUCAUGAAUGUUAAUCAUAGGCAGCUAGGUAUCAUUUUUCUCUUAGAGAAGUUAAUAGUGAUGCUUGCUGCUCUUAGCGCUUGAAAAGAGCUCAUGAAAUGGAAAUAGAUGAUUUCACAGAAGAAACAUGAUUUUUCUGGGGCACUGCAGGUGCCUGAUCUCAGCCUCUGGCUUCCCCAUCGUACUUAACUGGGUUUGUUUAUUUGUCUUCUUCUUCUUUUUUUUUUUUUAAUUAGUAAACAAGCUAUUUCAGACUUUGGUUUUCUCACAGCAAAAUCAAGAUUUAGGGGGUAGAUGACAGCAGCCAAGGUCAGUGAGUGCCUUGAACAGAAAGGAAGCUGGAAGAAUACAGAGUAUGCCUGUUUCACAGGAGGAGGAAAGCAGCACUUACUCUGAGUUGCAGUUUGACUUAUUCUAAUCCAUCACCCUCAGGAAAAUCUGAUUCCAAUCUUUUGAGUGUCUGUGUGAUAGAAAGUGGCACACACUUGCAGUGCCCUUGAACUGUUCUGGUGUCAUGCUAUACUGUGAGAAAGUGAUUGUAAAUGCUUGGGCAGAGUUCCUUCCUUGCAAGAGAGUGCUUUCUAGAUUAAAUUAAGUCUGCAGUAAUUUUCAGCAUACACUCUGACAUCCCUAGAGAGCAGGGGAUGCAUUGCUCUAAAUGUUCUCAAAUAUAAGUUUCCUGUUAUAUGAUAAGAUGGAAGAGAGAAAUAGCUGCUAA